AUGAAGGGAGCUAAACCUGCCUCACAACCUAUCACAAAUCAGUAUACCUUAUCUAAGGAACAAUGCCCUAAGACUAAAACAGGAGAGGAAGAGAUGAGCAAGGUACCUUAUUCUAAUGAUGUGGGCUCUAUAAUGUACCUAAUGGUCUGUACAAGACCAGACCUAGCCCAUGCUAUUAGUGUCCUUAGUAAGUAUAUGUCUAAUCCUGGGAGAACUCAUUGGCUAGCUAUGAAAUGGUUAUUCAGAUACCUAAUUGGAUCUACUAAGGUGGGAUUUUUCUACAAACAGCUACAAGCAAGCACUACAAUAGAGGGAUACAGUGAUGCUGACUAUGCAGGGGAUAGGGACAGCCGAAAGUCUACAUUUGCCUAUAUGUUCUUAAUGGGAGGAAACUGUGUUAGCUGGAAAGUUCAACUGCAACUUGUUGUGGCACUAUCAACUACAGAAUCAGAAUACAUAGCAACUACUGAGGCAAUAAAGGAAGCUAUUUGGAUAAAGGGUCUAAUGGAGGAAAUUAAACUACUUAAUGAUAUACCUACUGUCUACUUAGAUAGCCAAAGUUAUGUGCAUUUAUGCAAGAAUCCUAUGUUUCAUGACAGAACUAAGCACAUAGAGAUAAAAUACCACUUCAUCAGAAACAAGGUGACACAAGGUCACAUUGUCAUAGACAAAGUGCCUACAGAAGACAACCCAGCUGAUAUGGGAACUAAAGUGGUAACCCUAACUAAAUUUAAGCAUUGCUUAAAUUUACUAGGGAUUGACACAGGAUGGUGA